AUUAUGGGUACAGCAUCGGAUAGUUUCAUAAGGUUGCCGGAAGAAUCACACAGAAUAAUGCAUCUUGCUCGCUAUCAAAAUCCAGAAUGAAAAUUGUACUAUAGCGUUUUGCUUUCGCAGGUGCGUUGGCAUGAUGCAGCGGUUUACAUAUAUCGCCACGUGCCGUGAGCUCGGCGGGUUGGCAAAGCGCUCAUACAUAUCAUCGCUGACCUGCCCUUGGAAUAGGACCUAUUCCAUAAUGCCACAACAGCCCCUAUGCCGUUCAUUGACGUCUAUCUAUACGUGCAGCGCGGGUCCGCUUGGAGAACCGACCACACUAUGCAGCUUGCAUAACUUGCGGCGACAAAGUGGGGUUUUCGCCCAUCAGAAAUACAGACACUACUGCACAGAGAGCGAGAAUGAACGGAAGCGUACUGGCGGCCAUGGUCAUCAUGGCAUCACAGUGGUUGGCAUCCCUGACCCACUCACGUGGAUCCGGAAUAAAGUCCACAUCUACCUGAUAGAACUCUAUUUUCAAUUGGGCGUUAACAGUGUGGAAUUUGACAAUGGAGUCAAGCAGGCAGUGGUCCAUGUCUCCACCAUGAUGUCCAAUGGCAACUUUGAGGAGCUGAGAGGGGUGGUAUCAACUGAGAUGGUGGUCUAUGUGCAACAGAGGUGCAAGUCUCUCUCAGAAACCCAAAGAAGACAUCUAGCUAUCUCAUUGGACGAUAUUAUAUUUAUUCUGCCAGAGGAAGUGUCCAUAGUUUUUGAUACAAAUGGUAGGAAGUUUUGCUUCAUUGUGAUGAGGUUCUGGCACAUGUCCACUGCUGAUGUUCCUGAGGACCCGGAGAGCACCAAGAUCUUCAAGAUGGCUGCCACUGAAGGAGACGGCCCACAGAAGAAGAUAGUGACAGCUGUCUAUGAAUUCCACCGGGAGCUGACCAGGGGAGCUGAACCUGAUUGGACAGUCACUAACAUCUGGCACUGGCACUGGAAACAGAUAGGGUGAUUGGACAAGACCCAGGAACACCUAUGUUACCAGGAUACAGCAUCAGACCAAGCAUACACAGCACAGUUUACCUAAUUCAGUUCUGACAACAUUCAACUCAACAAAACGUUAUUAACCGACAGGACUUCAAUCAGCAGGACCAUUGUACUCAACUGAGCGCAUCCAAACCCAAAGUCAACAGAAGAGUCACCUUGAGACCUAGCUGCUUUUUAGGGUGGACCGGAUGGAACCAGAUCCCUACACACUUAAAUGCAGACUUAUUAUUGCUCCUUAAGUUGUCCAAUCUCAGGUUUGUUGGGAACAAUAGACUUUCUAUGAACCUCCUCAGCAUGAACAAUGAGAGCCUACAAUAUCCCCUCUGUUACAGUUUAUCCCAGAACAAAAUAAACUGCUUCAUGGUGA